GAGUUUACUUUUCAGAGUUCAAGGUUUGGUUUCGGUGUUCGCCUGGAGUAAAGGGUUUGCCGAGGCAGAAAGCCCCUUUUCACGGAGCCAAGAUGCUAAACAUGUGGAAGGUUAGGGAGUUGGUUGACAAAGCAACCAACGUGGUCAUGAACUAUUCGGAGGUGGAAUCUAAAGUGAGAGAGGCCACCAAUGAUGACCCCUGGGGACCAUCAGGACAGCUUAUGAGUGAAAUCUCAAGAGCCACCUUCAUGUAUGAGCAGUUCCCAGAGGUGAUGAACAUGCUGUGGGCCCGCAUGCUGAGGGAUAACAAGAAGAACUGGAGGAGAGUCUACAAGUCCCUGCUUCUGCUGGCCCAUCUAAUCAGGAAUGGAUCAGAGAGGGUUGUUACCAGUGCCAGAGAACAUCUAUAUGACCUGAGAUCAUUAGAAAGCUACCACUUUGUAGAUGAGAAUGGGAAGGACCAAGGUGUGAAUGUGCGUCAGAAGGUGAAGGAGAUGGUGGAGUUUGUCCAGGAUGAUGAAAGGCUUAGGGAGGAACGGAGAAAGGCAAAGAAGAACAAAGACAAAUACAUUGGGGUAUCAUCAGACAGUAUGGGAUACCGAAGUUACACGGGGGACAGGUACGACUCCAACGAUAGCCGAACAAGGUGGGACGACGACUGGGACAAGAAUAAAGGGCCUUUCCCAUUCAGCGAGAAGCUGGGGGAGAUUGGUGACAAAAUCGGCAGCACCAUUGACGAUACCAUAAGCAGAUUUAGGAAGAAGGACAGAGACGACUCACCAGAUCGAUUUAGUGACAACGAGGAGGACCGGAGUCACUCGUCUCACAAUGGCCAGUCAGGAAAAGAAUUUAAAGAUGAAGAGGAGACUGUUACCACCAAGAGUGUACACAUAGUUCAAGCAACAGAGACUACAGCAACGCGAAAGAGAGGAGUCCCGUCCAGGAAAGUAGACUUGGGGGCUGCGGCCCACUACACAGGAGACAAGAGCCCAGAAACCGCCACCAAACAGCCCCAGCCAGCAGCCCCUCAGCCUUCCAGUACUGGCCUAGCUGACCUACUAAUGGUGGAUGCAACACCAAGCCAGCCUGCUACAACAGACCUGAUCAGUGGAUUUGCUGACUUCUCCUCGCCUGCUGCCUCCGCCACCCUCUCCUCGGGAACUGUAGCACCAUCCGCUAGCAGCAAUGGAGACUUUGGAGACUGGAAUGCCUUCCCUGGAGGUCAGAUGCCAGCAUCUGCCCAGACUGUUGACAACAGUGGAAAUGACCUUUUUGGAGCCAUGACAGCAGGUCCUGCCACUGCCCCAGCCCCCACCUUCGCCCCAGUCUCAGCUCCAGGCUCUGGUCCUGCCUCAGCAGACCUGUUUGACUUGAUGGGGCCAACUCAGUCCCUCAGCUCCUCCCAGAGCCUCAACUUCAGUAUGAGCAGCACACAGAGCAUGAGCACAACAGUCCUGCCCCAGUCUAGGUCACAGCCCCUCCAGAACACCGGGGGUCCUCUACAACCGCAGCCAGUCAUGCCCCUCCAGCCUGUGCAGCAGGGAAUGGCCUCUCAAGGCGCCGGAGCCAAAGCGUCCCUCCCUUCCACCUGGUCAGACCACUCAGUUAACAUUAGCCUGGACUUCCUGGGCCCAGGCAUGCAGCCACCCAAGCCUAGCCAGCCCACCCUCAACACCCUCCAACAAGGCAACCAGGCACCUGCCAACAUGCUCUCCCAGGGAUUUUCUGUUAUGAGCCUUGGACCUACAACAGUCAGACCGCCUGUAAAUCCGAUGAUGCACCCUGGUGCUGGCAUGGGAAUGGGCAUGGGCAUGGGGAUGGGGAUGGCCCCCAACCAGGGCAUGAUGGGGAUGGGCAUGAACAUGGGGAUGCCCGGCGCUAUGGGGAUGGGAAUGGGGAUGGGGAUGAACCCGAACCCUGCAAUGGUCCAGCAGCCCAAACAGGAUGCCUUUGCUGACUUCGGAAACUUUGGGAAGUGAUGGAGCUGCAGAGCAAAGAUUAUCUGGUGGAGUGGUGUAGGUCUUUCUCUCUGUCUCUCUCUCUCUCUCUCUGUCUCUCCCUCUCGCUCUCGCUCUCUUCCUCCGUCCAUUGGUGAAGGAUUGUUAUGAGCUGCAAACAAAGAGUACUUGAAUAAUGUCAACUAUCACAAUACCAACACCCCACAAUCUCCUUGAUUUUUUUUUUAAAGUAAUGCUGUGUAUUGAUAUGGAUCUAAAUGAAUGUGUGUUUGAACCAAUGAUCUGUGUGGUCUGACACACACUGAUGACAGUGUGCCUUGUUGGUUGCUGGUAAGUCAGCGAGAGGAGGGGAGAGUGUGCCACCAAGAGAACGUCAUGGGGGAUUUGCUUUAUAACCUCAAUCAAGUGAAAUCACCAGAAUAGCAAAAAUGUAUCAGUAGCUGCAUAAUUUUUCGAGAUGCAUUCUCAGUAACUUUACUGAAUGAAGAGUUUGAAUAACAUGAUCAGCCAUUUUUACUUUCUGAUGUACAUUUAAGAAUGUCAAGUUACCUCUUUUUUGUCCUUGCUCUUCCUUUGACCUGUAAAUAGAGAUCUGGAGCCCUCACAAAUAAGUUAUGAAGUUCCAGGUUAAGAGGAAGUGACAAUGUGAAGAGUUGUAUCGUGCAGACCAAAUCUGAUAUGAAUUAAGACCUAUAACAAAGCACAUUGACACCUUCUCUUUGUACAUAAGUGUCCACACACUCCAAAUGUGGCUGUUUAAUGCUACAGGUAAAGUAAUGAAUGAGUGUUUGGAGUGAAGACGAUUGAUUGAGUUGCUCCUUCAACAGACCUUCAUUUGUGGCCUUCCUUAUUGGUAUAUAUCUAUAUAUUUUACGUAUGAAGAAGAUUAUAAUCAGUUUGCAUCCAAAUGAGAUAAUCAGUAGGUAGAGUAGGCCUCAUCCGGGGAUUGGCUCGUUACUACAGCACAGAGUGCCUGAAAGACCUUUGCCUUUUCUCUUCAGUUAACCUCUUUGAGGGAGACUGUGCAGUGUUGAGGACAGCUACCAGAACGGAGCUUCUGUACUAUGUUCAAACAUGUGUUUGUGAUUAUGCCUCAAGUCAAGCUGUCCGUACAGAUAUCAGAUGCAAUUGUAGAGUUAUUUCACUCUGGUUUAUUUGUCCCAUGCACUGUUUUGUUAAUUCCACUCUAUUCAGGUCGGUGACAACUUCAGAGCUCAAAAAACACCCAGGAUAUAAAUAUAUUGAGCUCAACUUAAUUCAACACCUCAAGUGUUGAUGCAGACUGUUAUGAAGAUCGCACCAUGUGUCAAUCGGCUGUCUGUUAAAUGUUCACCGGUGCAUCGUGGUAAAUGUUGCCUUCUCACCUUCCAUUUCAGUUCAAAGGGCUUUAUUGGCAUGAAAGUUGUAAGAACAAUGUUGCCAAAGCAUCAAAAUACAAUUUAUCCAGAUAUUUGGACAGUACACAAUAACGGUAAUAUGAACAUUAACAUCUUUAUUUAUAUUACACAUUAAAAAAAAUCUUGGAAACUGUCGCUGUCAUAACUAACAUCAGUCCAAAUCUGCAUGUUUUGCAACUUGUCAGGAAGAUCGUGUGAGAGGAAGCACUUUUACUGCUUGGGAUGCACUUUGUUCACACCCAGUAUGCUAUUGUGGAUUAAUGAGGAUGUGUUGUUGAUACCAGGUGAUGAACAGUCCCAUUCAGCUGUACUCCAGCAAACUGACCUGUUAGACGUACAAAACGUUGCUCUUCAGUGGUCCAAGUGCCUGCCAAUAGUUGCCUACUGACCCUUAUUAUGAGUGAUUGAUGAGUUAAUCUCAGCUGCCUGACAUCUUUUGAUUUGUCACCGAGUAGAUAAAUAAUUCACUGACCAGAGGAGAAGGCAGUGGAUUCUGCAGCCCCAGGAGGAUUAGAAGUUGUGCUUUCUUGCUCUCCCAAGAGCACAAGAGGCUGAGCACGCUGACACAUAGUAGCCUUGCAUCGGAGUCUGAAGCAUUAAAAUGACCAAAAUCUGUUUGCAGUUUUUCUAAAAUAUAUCAGUAGGUUGUUUUAUGCAUUUUUUUCUACUUCAAAUUGUUUUGAUCUUCUCUAAAAUGGGAUUGUUACUGAAACACUAGGAUAUGCAAAUGUAAAAAAAAAAAAUCCUUUGAGAAAAUGAAAUUUUGCAUUAUUCCCAUUUUGAUUUGAUUUACACAUCAAGAUUCUUUAUCUACAACAUUAAACAGUUGAUUGAAAUGUGUUAA